AUGAUCGGAGAAGAAGAUUCCGAAACCUCCUUACCGAUGGAUCUCAUCCUCGACGACAUUUUCCCAAAACUUCCUCUGAAAUCAAUCGCCAGGUUUCGCUGCGUCUCCAAGCAAUGCCGCUCGAUGCAAAUCCGUCCACGUCUCCUAUUCGCACUCCAACGAGCCACCGACGAGGUUAUCAUCUUCUCAACGCCUCAGCUUCAGCUUCAUCCUCACCAGAAACCUUCGUCGUCUCCUCUCGUAGCUUCCGCCGAUUUCCACAUGAAGAUCUGUACACACAUGUGGCCAGUCUUCCGCGGCCUCACCUCUCGCUUGAUCUAUUUCACCGCCUCGAGGAACGGUUGCCAAGAGCCUCUGAUAUUCAACCCCAUCACCGGAGAGCACGCGAGCUUACCGGAGCUGAGCAGGUACCGGAAAUCUUACAGCUUUAUCGGGUUUGAUCCGGUCGGGAAGCAAUUCAAGGUCUUGUUCAUGGCGUAUCCGUAUUGCUCUGAAGGUGGUGAUCAUAGAGUCAUGACGUUAGGAGGAGACGGAGAAGAGAAGAAGGUUUGGAGAGAGAUCAAAUGUAGCUUACAGCAUUUGCCUGUGAGUGAAGGGAUUUGCAUCGAUGGGGUUUUGUAUUACUUUGGUGAGAAGAAUAAUAGCUCUGAAAAUGACAAGUCUUGUGAGGUUGUUUGCUUCGAUGUUAGGUCUGAGGGAUUUAAGUUUGUUUCCGCGGAUUGCUUUAGCGUGCCGCAUAGUACUAGAUUGGUUAAUUACAAGGGGAAGCUAGGUGGGAUUGAGUUGACUUAUGGUGAUGAUGAUGCGGUUGUGUUGACUGUGAGGGUUCUUGAGGAUGCUGAGAGGUGUGAGUGGUCGGAGUUUGUAUACACUUUGCCGGAGAAUGAGGUCUUUGUGACUGAUGUUUUCGUUGUUGGGAUGACUGGUGCGGGGGAGAUUGUUUUGUCGGAUAGGUUUACGUGGAAGCCGUUUUAUGUGUUCUAUUUUGAUCCGGAGAGGAAGACUCUACAAGCUGUUGAGGUCAGAGGUGUUGGAGAGUACAGUGAAGCGUUUGAGAGUGAGUGUAGUGUUUAUGCGUUUGUGGACUAUGAAGUGGAUUCAAAGUUUAUAACGUAG